AUGCUUCGUCGGUCGUCUGUCGGCGCCGUGGACGCUCUGCUUGGCGCCUCGCUGGCCACCGUGGCGACAACCCUGCGCCGCGGCGUGUCGACGGAGCACAAGGAGAUCGCACGAAGUGGCCAGCCGCAGCCCCCCGCCGUGCCGCACAGCGAGCCCCUCCUCCCAAUGGACUUCAACCCCCACAUUGAGUGGUUUGAGUACCCGAAGGAGAUUUUUGACCCAAAGUACCCCUACACUCGCGAGGAGAGUAUUCGCAUGACGGAGGAGUCGUGGGAGAGCACAAUGGACGAGAUGGCAAGCCGGUAUGGCAUGCGGCUUAACAUGACUACAAAACCGACCUUUUGGAUGGCGUGGAGCCUCAUGGUGUUCUACUCAUGGUACACCCUCUGGGGCUGCUACCGCGCCAUGGGAACGGAGCCCGGCUGGUCCCAUUUCCGUAACAUUGUGAUGAGUCAACCAAAUGUCCCAACGCUCGAGGAGGAUGACAUUUACCUAGACCAGUGGGUCCGUCCGGAGAUGCGUGAGAAGCAUGCCAAGUACGAGCUUUUCUGGAACUGGAAGCCGCUCGUCAACCGUGACGGCGCAAAAACGACGUGGCAGAUUCCCAUGCAGUACCACGACGAGUCCGAGUGGAAGCACAUGACAAGUCGGAACUGA